GGGAGCAGACACCCGCUCACCCCAGCCUGCCCCAUUCCUGAGGAGUUUUAUCGCUUGGAUUUCCUCCCCGGGGCUUCGUGGCUGCUGCCCGCGCCGCCGCGGCGCCUUGGGGGUGGGAAGAAAAGGUGCCCAUGACAAAAGCCUUCCUCGCUUGGCCGCCCUGGGGGUGGCAGCCAACCCCCGCACUGGAGCCCGGCCACGGCAGGAGGGUUUUGUCCCUCACUCCAGAGCCCCGGGGCUGCAUUCAAAUUACCCGUCCGGAGCGGAGAGAGCCCCUGGCUUGGCCCUGGCACCGCCGGCCGGGCCCUGGGAGAUCAAACUUCAGCUUCCCCUGCUGAGCUCCUGCUGGGAAUGGGAGGGCAGAGCAUGGCCCCAGCCCUCCCGCUGCUGCUGCUGCUCUGGGUGUUUGCCCCCUCGGUGGUCCCGCAGGUGUUUGGCCCCGGAGAUGGCACAGAGGACCUCAAGGCUCUGCAAGUCUCCAUCCCACGCCAGCCAGCCCUCGACCCCGUGCUGGCAGGCGACAUCACCAUCCCCUGCCUCAUCACCUACCUUGGCCCCCAGCCCACUGCCGGCACGGGCGGCCGCCGGGCGGUGCUGGGAACCCCCCGGGUCAAGUGGACCUUCAUCUCUGAGGGCAGGGAGGUGGAGAUCCUGGUAGCUCGGGGGGACAGGGUGAAGGUGAGCGAGGACUAUCGCCUGCGCGCCUCCCUGCCCAUCUUCCACCAGCGCUACACCAACGCCUCCCUCCUGCUCACCGAGCUGCGGUCCAACGACUCGGGCAUCUACCGCUGCGACGUGCAGCACGGCAUCGAGGAUGGCCACGACAUCCUGCAUGUCAAAGUCAAAGGGGUGGUGUUUCACUACCGGGAGGGGUCCAGGCGCUACGCCUACACCUUUGCCGAGGCUCAGGAAGCCUGUGCCCGGAUCGGUGCCAGCAUUGCCACCCCCGAGCAGCUCUACGCCGCCUACCUGGGCGGCUACGAGCAGUGUGACGCCGGCUGGAUCGCCGACCAGACCGUCAGGUACCCCAUCCAGACACCCCGCGAGGCCUGUUACGGAGACAUGAAUGGCUUUCCUGGGGUCAGGAACUACGGGGUGGUGGACCCAGAGGACAUGUACGACGUGUACUGCUACGCUGAGGACCUCCCAGGGGAGAUCUUUUUGGAGACGGCCCCGGCCAGGUUCACGCUGGAGGAGGCUGCGGAGCGCUGCCGGGCGCUGGGCGCGGAGCUGGCGAGCCCGGGCCAGCUCUACGCGGCCUGGAACGCGGGGCUGGACGCCUGCAGCCCCGGCUGGCUGGCCGACGGCAGCGUCCGCUACCCCAUCGUCACCCCCCGGGAGCGCUGCGGAGGAGCCCUGCCGGGCGUCAAAACCAUCUUCCUCUUCCGCAAUCAGACGGGAUUCCCCGAUGCCCAGAGCAGAUACGAUGCGUACUGCUUCCGAGGUAAAGAGGGGCACUACCCCCCUCCCCCCGACCCCGGUCCGCGGGUGCUCCUGGGCAGGGACCAGCGGGAGGCCCCGGGGAAGCCUCCG